UUGUGAACCUGGAAAGUGGAAAUUGUCAGUGAUUUAAUUUAGUGUUAUUAUUUCAAAAUGGGUUGUGCGGAUGGAGGAGAAGAUUUGUUAAAGAAACAUCAAGACUUGUGUCAUGCAUUGAACAUGGAUAAAGAAACGGCUUACGUAGCUUGGCAAAGCUAUGACAGUAUAAGGCAAAAUUACACAUUGGAGGGUGACCAGCUUCAUUGGCUAGGCUGCUCUCUAUAUGUGGCUUGCCGAAAGUCAGUAGCCCCAACUGUUUCUAAAGCUUCCACUCUGGUAGAAGGAAAUCUUGUAAGCUUAACACGGUUACUGAGGUUAUGCAAUCUAAGCUUGUUACAAUUUUUUAACAAAUCAAAAAAGUGGGCUGACAUGACGAAUCUCUCUCCUGAAUUCCGAGACAAGUUGAACCGCCUGGAAAGGAACUACAAUGUGUCAAAUGUGAUAUUUAAGAAAUUCCGACUAAUGUUUAAUGACAUGUUUGUGGAGCCAACGAUUGAUCAACCCCGGCAAAACAAAACUAAGAAACAAAGGACUUUGCCUUGCACGUCGAGUCGGUUGUUUGACUUUGUCUGGACACUUUAUGUAAGUGUGAAAUCAGAGAACCCGGACAGUAGUGAUGACCUUGUCAGUUGUGUACAUCUGCUCCUGUCAUGCUGCGAUCUCAUCUUCGCUAACGCUGUGAUGGCUGAUCGUACGGACCUGAUCAACAAUAAGUUUCCAGGUGUUCCAAAAAAUUAUGGAGAAAGAUGUUAUAAACCGCCUACUGAACCACCAUGCGUUAUGUACCACCUUUGUCAAAAAUAUGCAAGUGGUCUGGUAGAAGCAAAGAGAAUGAAAGAGUAUUUCUGGAAAAACCACAUGAAGAGAUUCUUUGACAGAAAGAUUCUCCAAGGAGACCCAAAAACAUUCAGCGGAUUAUUAGACCUGAGCAAUUUUGAAAACAACUUAAAAGCUUGUAACAAAUUGUAUGAAGAGUAUGUCCUAAGUGUUGGGGAUUUUGACGAGAGGAUUUUUCUGGUCAAAUGCAAAGAAGCGUGGGUAGAUAAGCCUCGACCGGGACCUUCCUACAAACAGUUGAGUCCAGAUAGACCUGCGUUGAGAACACUCAACUUCUCAGCAGAAGAUACAAGUAACAAAAUGGGAACUCCAACAAAAAUAUUGGAAAGCGAUACAGACACUUCUGAACAAUCGGAAAUUAGGCAUUCGAGUAGUGUCUCGCAGCUGACUCCAGCCACCCCAUUGACAGGACGAAGGUAUCUAAAGGCCAAGGACCCUGGCAGUCUAACACCCGUGUCGACAGCAACACAAAGUGUACAAAGACUACAGAAUCUACUGAGUGGCCGCAGUCCAGCACCUUCACCCUACCUGCAACAACUGAUUAGCAGUUGCAGUGACGACCCUCAGAUUGUAGACAGGAUCAAGUCUCACGGACAGAAGUUCAUAUCUCAAUACACUCAGUCCGCUCAGACACACAUAGACUUUGCCCAACAACGGCUACAACUGGCCGAAACACUGUAUUAUAAGUUGCUGGAAAAUAUACUUAAGGACGAAAUGAAAAAGCCUAACUUUGAUUGCAACAACCUGUUGUGUCACGAGGUGUUCCACCAGACACUGUUUGCCUGUUGUCUAGAGAUAGUCAUCUACUCGUACAACUCUCAGCGUACCUUCCCCUGGGUACUACAGGCUCUGGGUGUGGAGCCUUACCACUUCUACAAGGUGAUAGAGGUGACAGUACGCGCGGAGGAGCAGCUCAGCAGAGACAUGGUCAAACAUCUCAACCUAAUAGAGGAGCAGAUACUGGAAUCUCUUGUUUGGAAGAGGGAGAGUCCUUUGUGGGAUGCCAUCGAUGACUCUGGUUUGCCAGUGCCAUGUUGUGAAGAUGUUAUGUUGCCUGGUCAGUUGACAGAGGAUAACUCUUCAGCGACGUUACUCAACAAUCCAGCAAUCCGUCGUCUGGUUUUACCAGCAGUUCCAGGUGUGCCCCAGUCCCCGGCACCCUCCGCCUCAGAGAGGUUCCACUCCCCCGUCACUGCCACCUCCGCCAUCGCCAAGAAGAAACUGUUCAUAGACAACUCUAGAGGAGUUUGUACAGUCAUGCCGGGACAGUCAAUCCUAGCAGCGGCUCCUAAACCUCCAGUGGCCGCAGGGGAAGAGGCGGAGACUAAAAAGCCACAGACAGGAAGUAGUGUCAUCAUCAACCCAGCUAUGCUCAAGGAACGGCAAACCAAACCUAAUCGACCCCGUCGCACUGGUUCUCUAGGGCUAUUUUUUAGGAAGUUCUAUCACUUAGCAGCAGUGAGAAUGCAAGAGUUAUGCACUCAUCUGGAUCUCAAAGAGACUGAGGUUCGACGCAAGAUUUGGACGUGUUUUGAACACUCUAUCAUUGAUCACACAGACCUCAUGUUGGAUCGACACCUAGACCAGAUACUGAUGUGUGCAGUCUACGUCAUAUGCAAGAUUGAGGGGCUGGACAAGCCAUUUACGGAGGUCAUGAAAUGCUACAGACUACAACCCCAGGCUGGCAGUCAUGUCUACCGCAGUGUCCUGUUGUAUAACAGACCACGGACUGGACAACGGACCAACAACAACAACUGCUCUGACAAUGGACAAGAGCCAGCAAGCGCUUCUGUGGAAGUGUUAAAUGAGUCGGAAAACAGAUGUGACAUUAUAAAGUUCUACAACUCAGUUUACGUGCUGAAACUGCAAAACUUUGUGAGGAAAUUCACCAACGGGAACAAUCAGAACGGUAACCUGACGCUGUCACCGCUGCCGGUGUCGCGCGGUGUGCCGAUGUCUCCCAGACGCAGGGUGUCUGACAAUCAUGCAGUGUUUAUCCGACCUCUCAUCUCGUCUGAGCCCAACGUGUUUCCUCCCUCUCCCACACGACCACUCAGCUACUGCUUCAGCCGCAGCCCGGCCAAGGAUCUGCGAGCCAUCAACUGCAUGUUGGGUGUGCGGCGGGUCGGCAAACGGCUGUUGACAGACGACGCAACAGACGACGAAGCUGCAGCACCGGUGAAACAACCAAACCUUUUUACCAACAAGCUACAAGACCUGCUUGUCGACCGAAGAAUGGCCAAGGGACAAGACAGUGCUUGAAUCGCAUUCAUCACAAGGAAGUAAACACUUGUUACUUUCUAAGAUUCUGUCCAAUCAGCGACUUAGGUCACUUUUGUUAAGAGUGCAAGGAAGUAUAAAUCACUGAUUUAAUCGAGUUCAGAUUAUUUUUAACAAGCGCUAAUAAAUUCUGUUAACUCUUCCUUAUCACCAGCCAAAUUGCAAUGUGUCUAAGUUGUAUUUCUGCUGCUUUUACGCUUUGAAUUUAAUUGUAGCAAAAAAUGAUCUCAUGACUUUGAAAAAAAGGAAACAUUCUAUCUAUACAGACAAGGUGUUGCCAGUUUUCUAAACAAUUUUUAAGGUAGUUAAGUGAGUUUCUCGUAGAGUGUGUUAUUUUUAAACAAAUAUAUUUUUUUUCACAAAGUGAUAGUCAAUGGGUUAAAACAAGUUGCCUUCUCAGUUUUGUAACUCUAAAAAUUCAAUGUACAAAAGAAAGAACGUUAUUUUACAGUGGCACACUCUGCCAACAGCUCAAACUAAGUUCAUUUGUUCUUUUAACCUUGGAACAGAUGUAAUCUAAGUUCAUCGUUUUAGGUUUUUUGUGGUUUUUUUGUAGGUCCAAUAUUAUUUUUAAGGCGGCUCCAGAAAUGUCCCAUUUGCCAAGCACCGAGCAGCGACUCGCCAAAUCGCGAGUAGUGUGGAUAUGUGUAUUCCAGAAAUUGUGUUGCUCGGAAAACAACACAUGUUUGUAGACUUCUACUCGUUAAUCGGUAUAUAGCAAGAUAAUUAGAUUGCCGAAUGACAAAUAUUUCGUGCUUGGCGACUGGCACAUGUAUGGAGCCGCCUUGACCAGUGAGCCCGAUUUAUAUCUUAAGCACGAUUUUGUGCUGGAUUGUUUACUGCAAUAAAGAUAACUUUACGUUACAUAUAUCUAGUAAUUUAGAAGACUGUAAAAUCACUUUAUCUGAUAAGGUGUUCUAUUUAUUCUUGGAAAUGUUUUUGUUGUGUUGUUGUUUACUUUGUUAAACAUAUUUAUUAGAUAAUUUUCUUUGUCAUUUAGGAGGUGAUUUCUAUUUUGUUCUAAAUAAUUAUAAAUACUAUUGAAAUAUUCUUGGUGUAAGGUGUUCACAUAUUAUAUUUUGUAGGCUUUACACUUUAGACCAAUAUUGUAUUAUUUCAAUUAUGUUCAUAAUAUCUUUCAACUAGUAAUUAAUUAAUUGUGUUAGGAUCAUGGCCAAUUUGGUUUCCUUGUGAGGCACAUAAAUGAUGUAUUAUAAAAAAACUAUUAUUGUGAGUGAGGUAAUCCUGUAAAUUAAAUCCUACAGGUCCAGUCGCCCAUUAUGUCUUCAACAAAAUUUAGAUAUUAUAUAUUGUAAAUAUUUAUAUGUUGUACAUCUUAAAGUAAAAUUUAUUUUCUUUACAAAUUUUCUAAUUAGUCAUUUUUGGGCCAUAACAAAUGUUUAGUGUUCUAUAAGAACACCCCAUGGGUCGGACCGAUCAUGCUGGUUCGCGAACUCGUUCGAAUAUACGUAGGCUUACACGAUUGUACCAAAUUUCAUCGAAAUCGGAUCAUUUUUGCUCGAGUUAUCGUGCUAACGGACACACACACAUAUAUAUACAUAUAUGAAUUUGAACGGAUGGUGUUUUUGGCUUCUAGGGACAUCAAAAUGAAAAAGUAAAUCGGUCCCGGGUCCAAGUCUUAUCAUGAGACCUACGGUAAUAGCUUAUUCCCUAUAUGGGAAAUUCGCAAUAAUAUAAUUUUACCCCCUUAAACUCCUCAUAAAAACUCAUUCCUGUUAUUAGUCCACUGUCAAAUGUACGUACCCGUGUGCUUCUUGAUGAGGCAGGUGUGGGAGUAGUCUUAAUCUCUUUGUUUGACCUUUGAGAAAUACAAUUUCGAUGGUGGCACUCUUGAAAAUGGUGUGUUUGAACGCUGUGGGUAAAAAAACAAAAUUGCCGACAUUUAACAUGCUUAAAGUCAAAUUCCAUGAAAACCAGUUAUUAAAACAACAUUUUGCAAAACAUUAUUUUCAAGUCCUUUUUAUAACAAAUUGAAUGACACUUUAUUUGCGAAAAUUGAAGAAUAAAUAAAAAUGUUGUGUAACUUUUAUUAUUAAUUGUAAUUAUCAAAAUGGCAGUCAUUUUAAAAUCACAAAGUUAAAUUCCAUAGAAACUAGUGACAAAAACAUUAUAAA